UUUUUUGGAAUAGCGACAAUUUAAUAAAAUGUGGUCGUGUUUAGUCACAUCUAUAUUAAUUGUUUGCCUCCUCGCUGAAACAUCUGCUCACUCAUUUGAGACUGAGGAGAUUGUACCUGUACGGCUGACUGGAAGGACCGCAGGACGAGUGGCCAAGAGGAGCGAAGAACAGCCCAACUUCAGUCUCACGGCUUUCGGCAGGAAUUUCACACUUAAUUUGACACCGGACAGCACCUUUAUAUCGCCAGCACUGAAGGUUUAUCGCAUCAAAGCCAAACCACAAGAAAGACUUGAGUCCACUAACAAGCUGACAGAACUUUAUAAGUCCUUGAAUCAAACUGAAGAGACUGGAGCAGAAUUAUUAAAAGGUUGCUUUUACAUCGGCGCUGUUGACUCCGAUGAGGACUCUAUUGUCUCUGUCAGUUUAUGUCAUGGGAUUUUAGGAUCAUUUAUCACAGACGGUAAAGAAUAUCUAAUCGAACCAAAACUUCUCGUCUUGGGAACAUCUGGAAAGUUAACCGAGCAGCUGCAUGUCAUUAAAAGAAGACGUUUUACAAAGUCUCCGCAGGUCUCUAAACCGCUGUCAGAUAUAAGAGAUGAUGAUCAGGAUUCGAUGUCUAGACGCAGGCGCUUUGUCUCUACUCCCAGGUUUGUUGAGACUUUAGUGGUCGGUGACGCUUCUCUGACACAUUUCUAUGGAGACGAGAUCAAGCACUACAUGCUGACCUUGAUGUCAGUGGCUGCUCAGAUUUUCAAGCAUCCCAGCGUUAAGAACUCCAUCAACAUAGUGCUUGUGAAGAUGCUGAUCGUGGAGGACAAAGAGGUUGGGCCGUCCAUCUCCAGCAAUGGAGGCGUCACUUUGCGCAACUUUUGUGCCUGGCAACAGCUCUUCAACCCACCCAGUCACAGGCAUCCGGAGCACUUCGAUACAGCCAUACUUUUUACUAGAGAGGACAUCUGUGGACAUCAGAGCUGUGACACGCUGGGUGUAGCUGAUGUUGGAACCAUGUGUGACACCAAAAGGAGCUGUUCUGUUAUUGAAGACAACGGUCUUCAGGCUGCUUACACGACUGCACACGAACUAGGCCAUGUUUUGAGUAUGCCUCAUGAUGACACUAAGAACUGUGAGCAGCUUUUUGGACAUCUAGGCGAGCACCAUAUCAUGGCCCCUGUAUUCACUCAGCUCAGUAAGACCUUGCCUUGGUCUCCCUGCAGUGCUUUGCACAUCACAGAGUUUUUCGACAAUGGACAUGGAGACUGUUUACUGGACACCCCUGAUACGAUAGUGGCUUUACCCACUGAGCUGCCAGGCAUAACUUACAGCCUGGACCGCCAGUGCCAACAGAUAUUUGGAGAGGAGUUUUCACAUUGUCCCAACACCUCAGCCAAUGAGGUGUGCGGACAGCUCUGGUGCCAGCAAGAGGGUCAGUCUGUGUGCACAACCAGGAACGGGAGUCUUCCCUGGGCAGACGGCACAAGCUGUGGCCCCAAUAGGACCUGCCUGAACAGCAUAUGCAUGUCCUCUGAGGAAGUCAUGAGGCCUAAGCCGGCUGUGGAUGGAGGCUGGGGCGAGUGGGGAACAUGGCAACCGUGUUCCAGAUCAUGUGGAGGUGGAGUGAUGUUCUCCUACCGAGACUGCAGCCAUCCAUCUCCUCAAAACGGCGGAAAAUACUGUGUGGGCCAGAGAGUGAAGUAUCAGUCCUGCAACAAACAGACCUGUGAGAAUAACCAAGGAAAAAGUUUCAGAGAGGAACAAUGUGAGAAGUACAACAAUCCAAAUUUUUACUUCCGGAACUUGAUUGUUGCUCUCUAUCAAAUUUUUCCCCAUUUCUUUAGCCAUGGAUAUAGAGACAUUGUGACGAUUCCAAGUGGAGCCACUAACAUUAACAUCAAACAGCAGAGCCAUGGAAGUAUACCACAUGAUGGACAUUACCUGGCUGUACGAAGAGAAAAUAGUGAUUAUAUCUUGAAUGGCAACUUCUCGGUGUCCACAGUGGAGCAGUAUAUUCCAGUGCUGGGGGCUGUGCUGAAAUACAGUGGCUCGUCCACCACACUGGAGAGACUUCAGAGCUUCCGCCAGCUACAGGAACCAAUCACAAUACAGCUGCUCUCUACCGCUGGGGAAUCCAUCCCACCGAAGGUCAAAUACACCUUCUACAUCCCCAAAACCAUGUCUUUUAGCAAACCCAAAGACAAAAAGAUUGCUGGCAAACUUAUUCAUCCUUUUGGGUUGCCACAGUGGGUCUCGAGUGAGUGGUCUGAAUGCUCCAAAACGUGUGGUUCAGGAUGGACCAGGAGAAAUGUGGAAUGUAAAGACAAUGCUGGCUUCUAUUCAAAUCACUGCAAUAAAGAUCUCAGACCCUCUGAUAUAAGGCCCUGCGCAGACCUGCCAUGUCCCAUAUGGCAAAUAGGGCCUUGGUCUUCAUGCUCACAAUCUUGUGGCCAUGGGGAACGCCAGCGUAGGAUUCUCUGCAUUGAUUACGCUGGAAAGAUUGUGGAACUGGAGAACUGUGAUCCUGCCAAGAUGCCUGAAUCAGUAUCUGAAAAGUGUUUCUACCAAGAGUGUUGAGGACAUCCUGCAGGCUUUCAAAUUAUUCAGAGGUGAUAAGACACUCCUGUGAAAGAAUAUGAAGAUUUUCAUUUGACCGUGCUUCAGGUUGGAGCAGGAAAUAUUCAUGCUUUAGAUGGAAAAUUUGUUGAGCUUUCAUGAAUGUUGCACAGACUGAUCACUUGGCCUUUGGUUUUCCAGAUAUAUACAUGUAUAUUUAUAACCACUAUUGAAGUUUGAUCCAAUAGAUAUCUACCUCAGCAAGCAAUGCUUUAUUGCAGUUUCCCUAACUUCUGUCUCCUAAUUGCUUUCUUAGAGCAUUCCACAUAAAUUAUUUUCAAGUAUGUCAUAUUUAAUGAUUCUUAACCAUACAAAACACAGCAAUUGGCUAAGACUUAACAUUCAUCUCAGGCUGACAUUAUUUUAAAUCAUUUCCCACUUUUUUGUUUUUGUACAUUCAGAUGUACUAAAAAUUCAGUUUUUAAAUAAAUUUGGAAUUACAAAAUGGAAUUAUUUUAACUUGGAAUGGGAAAAUCUUACAAGGAACUGUCACUUGCUAAGCCGCUAUAAAGGUGCUAUCAUUCUUUUUUAUUGAUUUACUUUGUGAUUGGGUCAGUAAUUUAGAUCAUUUUUAUUUAUAAACCUUGGCUUGCAUUUAUUAGUGGCUUAUUUUCACUUUCAGAUUUAAAGAGUAUCAAAAACACUUGAUAGAGCAUGAUCAUAUAAAUCUAUUAGAGCUAUUUUCAUAUAUAUUUAAAACUGUAUCAGAGGUAAACAGUGGUUGAGCCUAAUUUAUAUUCUGAAACUUUAAUACUUACAGGUAAGUGUUAGAUCUAGCUUUUGAAAAUUCCUCAACAAACAUAAUGUUUGUGUCCAUUCAGAGGGUUGUAUAACUUACUAUUUACUAUCGCUGUUCUUUGUAUUAAACACUGCUUUAUUUGUGAACGGCUAUGUGAAUGAAAACCUGGAUGUUUGGAAACAUCAGUCCUUCCAGGGUUUUCAUACUCCAUGAGUGGAUAUAUCUGAACGCUUGAAAGAACUGUGUAGAUGUGAAUGAUAUUAAGAAAAAAAACUGUACAGCAUGAAACUAAACUGAGAAAUAGUUAGUGCUCCAUAAAAAUGAUUGUAUAUGAAUAUUAAUAUGGUAUUGACCAUUCCAGUUGUAUACAUUAGUCAUAUUUGUCAUAUUAAAAAUGCGACAACAUAUAUUAUCCCUUCAGUGAAGGAUUGUACUUUGUUACUUCUUCAUUGUAAAGCUAUUUAUUUUUGUACAUUUUAUAUUGUGUAAAAUGGAUACAAAUU